AUGACUUCCAUUUUCUCCAAUAAACCCAGAACUAAAAAAGUACCAAACUUUACUCAAUUUCCAAUUGAAGCUCUUUUCCUCAAAACAGUUUUCACAUCUUCCACCAAGCAAUGCAGGAGUUCGAGUCUGCAGCUUGCCACUGGUACCUACACCUUUCCAGAUUUAGAAAGUAAUUUGUUGAAGUAUGAGGAAGGCUGGAUUGGGAAAGAAUUGAAUUGA